UAAGCAAAAAGAGACGAGUGAGCGUUUUAAUACAACUCCGCGUUUGCUUUUGAGGGCAUAUUUAUCGCAUAUUUUUUCCUGAAUGAAAAACCUCACGUUGGUAGCAGCAAAUCGACGCGAUUACGUAUAUGCUGUUGGCUUGCUGCAAGUGCGGAAAAAAAUCCAUCGAUCGCGAUUGCUGGGCGGAAAUCUAGUGCUCUGCUGGCUACUAAGCGCGAUGCAGAGCUCAUUUCCGUUUCCCGCGGUCCUGGACCAGGCGGUAAACGAAAAAUACAGAAGGAAGUAUCGACGCCUCAAGUUAUAUAUGAAAAAUUUGAUGUUUGAGAAUGCUGCGCUCUGUGACCAUGUUGCCCAGAUCCAGGAAAAUAUUUUACUGGUGAAAGAGGAACGAAGAUAUUUGCUGAAGAAGCUGCUAGAACACGAAAAUGAGAAGGAAACGCAGUUGGGCAGACCGUGUAGUAAAUUGAAUGAAUUGAUUGCGAGCAGCUUGCCACCUAAAAGACAGUACAAAAAACGCACCCCGCCCGAUGGUAACGCGGGGGGAGAUUCGUCUACUAAGGGCACAAAACAACCUCGAAAACCCCGUGCCAAUGCUAACGCGGAGAAGAAUGCUGUCAAGAAGAGUCUUCAAAGCAUACAUCUAAAUAAAACAGGCCAUCCCACGUAUCCAAUUACGGUCGCAGGGUUCACGAUUUUCAAUUUAGGCGAAAUCGCUUCGGAUCGGACUGCUUAUAACACUGAAUAUACAAUCUACCCGAUAGGUUACACCGUGACACGCCCAUAUGGUCAUCUGAAAGACCCUACAAAAAAGUGCAUUUACACCUGUCGUGUUCUGGACAACGGAGAUUCGCCCAGGUUUGAAAUUAUACCGGAGAACGAUACGGCUCUCACGAUAGCAGGCAAUUCUACCGAUGCAUGCCACUCAACCCUGCUGCAGUGCAUAAACGCCUCGUUGGAUUGUCGCAGUAUAGAUGGACGACCGGCUGGCGAUUGGUUCUUCGGUCUAUCGCAUCCGACCAUUUCCAGCCUGAUACAGAGCUUCCCGAGCUCGAAGAAGUGUGUUAACUAUCGCGGUAUCAAGAAGGAAAAUUUUGCCAAUAUGGGCAAGGAGAACGACCCAUCGCUAAACUACGAGGCACUGCAAAGACAUAUCACGAUCUCGGCGUACCAUACGGUACCGGAGAUCAAAGAGGAACCACCGGAUGAACUGCUGGAUCAUUCGGACGGGAAUUCGUUUAGUUUAUCGUAGUAUGCAGGAAGGAAUUGAAUGCUUUUUUAUGUUUCUACGUUACGGGACUGAAUGUGCGCGGUUGAAAAUGGACCUGAAUAAAUGGUGAUUUUGAAAUAUA